UAAGCAUCAGCUAUUUUCUCUCCUCUCCGUCGCUUUUUCUUCAGUUUUCUUCUUCUCUCCCUUCUGAAUCUAAAUCCCACAUAAAUUUGUUAGUACCACACACAAGUCUUUGCCUCAAUAAUGCCCAUUUUCUUUUUCACAUGAUUUGAUAUCACUUCUCUCUCUCUUGCAGCCUUUGAGUCUCUCUGUACAGACAAAAAAAGAAAACAGAACCCAAUCUCAAGACCCCUUCUCUUCUUCUUUCUUUAUCUCUGUUUCCUCAUAAUUCUCUAUCUCUUGUCCUUGUUUUUGCACAUUUUCAAAACCAUGCAUAGGUGGGAGAGAGCGAUUAGAGAAGAUAGAUACAAGCUUGAGAGCAAGAACCCAUCUUUUUCUUCCACUCUUCUCGAUGAAAUCUACCGUUCCACCUGUGAAGCCGACACCAACCAUGAAGAUUUGAAAUUUUACGGUGAAACAAUGAUGCCCAUGAAGCACACCAGAGGUUCUAGCGUAAAAGUCAGUAGAGCCGUCGAAGAGAAUAAAGAGAUGGAAGCUCUUCGCCGAGCUUGUUUGAUCGAGAAAUGGAUGGACAGCAAGGUGACCCAAAAGGUAAGCACGCAACACAGCAGAAAAAAGUUGACGGAAUUUGAGAGAAAAUUACAGCUUGAACAUGAUCUGGACCAGGAUGCUGUGUUCUUUAGUUCCACUUCUAUCUCCUCAGAUUCUAGCUUUGGUGGAUUCUCAUCCUCUGAUACUGAAUCCUGCUACGGUGCAAGAUCAAUGGCUUCUUCUUCGUUCUUCCCAACAAGGCCUAAGCCUGUAAGAACCAGCGUCUCAACUCGAUCAGGAAAAACAGAGAAAACAGAGAGAAAAGUGAGUACUCUGUUUCAUGAACAGACGCCGAGAGUUGAAGAGAACAUAAUCAAGUCGAAAUCAAGAGCUUUAAAGAUUUACGACAAUCUAAAGAAGGUGAAACAGCCAACUUCACCUGGUGGCAAGCUUGCAAAUUUCAUCCAUUCUCUAUUCACAAAUGGAAAUACAAAGAAAGCAAGGGGUUCUUCUUCUGUUAGCAAUUGUGAUGAAGCCUGGAAAUCGAAGCCAAGACAGGCACCGUCAACUUGCUCGUCCGUUUCAUCAUUUUCAAGAUCAUGCUUAAGCAAGAGUUCACCAUCAACAAGGGAAAAGCUUCGCAAUGGGGUUAAAAGAUCUGUACGAUUUUACCCAGUUAGUGUUAUCGUCGACGAAGAUUGCAGACCAUGUGGACACAAAUCCUUGUACAAAGAAGAACAAUCAUCCAGUUUCAUGUCUGUUUCUUUUCCAAAAUCAUGGAAAAUUGGGAAAUCUCCAACAAGAAAAGUUGAUGAUGAGCUCAAAUACCAAGUCAUUGAAAAGACAAGGAAGGUGGGGGAAGUUGCAAGAGAAUUCUUGAAAGAUUAUCGCCAAAACCAGAAGAAAAACGAUGAUCUAAUUAUGAGGAAUGAUUUCUGCCAUUACAAUGAUCAGUUCGGAGAUGACGACGAUGAAGAUGAAGAUGAUGAGGAUGAUUCAAGUUGUUCGAGUUCAGAUUUGUUCGAACUCGAUCAUCUUUCAGUAAUUGGAAAGAAUAAGUACUGUGAAGAGCUUCCUGUGUAUGAAACUACUCGUGUUAAUACUAAUCGUGCCAUAGCUAAUAGCUUAAUAAUGUAAUUUUCCAAGUAUAUGGUAAUGGUAUAGAGCAAAAUUCUUAUAA